AGAGGAGAGGAACUCAGAAGUGGGGGCAGCUGGGUGACUGAGGGGAAAGGGGAAGGCAGAGUUUUUCCUUACGAUGGCUGCGACAGAGGCACCUUUGGUACUGGAAAACUUCAUAGGCGGAACAUUUGUACCUUGCAAGUCUUACAUAGAUUCUUAUGACCCAUCGACUGGAGAGGUGUAUUGCAAAGUACCCAACAGUGGCAAAGAAGAGAUCGAGGCCGCCGUGGAGGCUGCGAGAGGGGCCUUUCCUGGCUGGUCCUCCCGGAGUCCACAGGAGCGCGCUAGGGUGCUGAACCAGGUGGCGGAUUUGCUGGAGCAGUCCCUGGAGGAGCUGGCGCGGGCGGAAUCCAGAGACCAAGGGAAAACCGUCACCUUGGCUAGAACCAUGGACAUUCCACGGUCGGUGCAGAACUUCCGGUUCUUCGCCUCCUCCAGCCUGCACCACACGGCCGAGUGCACGCACAUGGACCACGUGGACUGCCUGCACUACACCGUGCGCACCCCGGUGGGCAUCGCUGGUCUCAUCAGUCCUUGGAAUUUGCCGCUCUACCUGCUGACCUGGAAGAUAGCCCCGGCCAUUGCUGCCGGGAACACGGUGAUAGCCAAGCCCAGCGAGCUGACAUCCGUGACUGCCUGGAUGCUGUGCAGACUUCUGAACAAAGCAGGUGUUCCUCCAGGUGUGGUCAAUAUUGUGUUUGGAACAGGGCCCAGGGUAGGUGAGGCCCUGGUGGCCCACCCAGAGGUGCCCGUGAUCUCCUUCACUGGGAGCCAGCCCACAGCUGAGCGCAUCACCCAGCUGAGUGCUCCCCACUGCAAGAAGCUCUCCCUGGAGCUGGGGGGCAAGAAUCCUGCUGUCAUCUUUGAGGACGCCAACCUGGAGGAGUGCAUUCCGGAAACCGUCAGGUCCAGCUUUGCCAACCAGGGUGAAGUCUGUCUCUGCACCAGCAGGAUCUUUGUCCAGAAGAGCAUCUACAGAGAAUUUUUAAAGAGAUUUGUAGAAGCUACCAGAAAGUGGAAAGUUGGCAUUCCCUCUGAUCCAUCGGCCAGCAUGGGAGCUCUGAUAAGCAAAGCACAUUUGGAGAAGGUCAGAAGUUACAUCGAAAAAGCCCGUGCUGAAGGGGCUCAGAUUCUGUGUGGGGAGGGCGUGGAUAAGUUGAACCUGCCCCCCCGAAACCAGGCCGGCUACUUUAUGCUUCCCACGGUGAUAACAGACAUUAAGGAUGAUUCCUGCUGCAUGAAGGAGGAGAUAUUUGGCCCAGUGACGUGUGUCGUCCCCUUUGAUAGUGAAGAGGAAGUGAUCAAAAGAGCCAACAAUGUUAAAUAUGGCCUGGCAGCCACGGUGUGGUCAAGCAAUGUGGGGCGCAUCCACCGAGUGGCCAAGAAGCUGCAGGCCGGCUUGGUGUGGACUAACUGUUGGCUCAUCAGAGAGCUGAACCUGCCUUUCGGAGGGAUGAAAAGUUCUGGGGUAGGAAGGGAAGGACUCAAGGACUCCUAUGACUUCUUCACUGAAAUCAAAACCAUCACUGUGAAACACUGAUCUUCGCCAAUGGAGAAGUUGUCAUGGCCCACGCUUGGCUGCGGGGAGUUGGUGGCCCCAUGGGGUGAAUGGGAAGCUGGCGUGAAUUCCACCUUGCCCUGACUUGGCAGGAUGUUAUCUCCAGUUGAUCCCUGGUGUUUUGUGUUUUCACUUGCUAGUAAAGAUGUGUAUCCAGUGUGGGCUCACAAAGGGCAAGACUUCCAAAUAGGAAGGCACAAAAAGAAAACCAAACAAUCAUCCAUUUCCUCCCGUAUUUUGUCUUCACAGUUUUUUUAUCAUUUUGAUUGAAUUUUAGGGAUUGCAGGUAAUCAGAUACCUUUACUAUAUGGUAAAAAAUAAAGUUGUACUGAGUCAAA